UUAAGCCUCUCUCGAUGACAAUUUAUUAGACAUUUCUAGGCGUUGUGCCAUUUUGGAGUUUCUUUUUGCGCAUUAGUCCCAUAUCUCUCACAAAAAGAAGAAAAUGUAUGUAACUGAAGAAAAUGAAUAUGUGAAAAUCGUUUUCCUUCCGCUCCCACGAGUAAAACGGUCAUUUUCCACCUUGACACGUGGCAAAAACAAAAAAAGCAUCCUUGGUAAUUAUAAUUACACUUUGGGAUCAGUCUAGCAUCGUUGGGAUCGGACAAUUGCAAAUUCACAGGUCAUUUGUUUGUUCGCAGGUUUUUUUUUUCGACUUUUCCGAUGAAGAUUUGGGCUUUGCGGCGUUUCUGGCCUUCCAUGAGAAAACCUAAGCUCUUGGAGAUGAAGAGAAAGCGCCUGAUAUCAUCUGGCAAUGAAGAACAAGGGCACUCUCCUCCAACAAAGUGUGAAACCAUUGGCAAGGAUCGAAUCAGUAAUUUGCCAGAUGAUGUUCUUCAUACCAUAAUCUCGUUGUUGAGUACGAGGGAGGCUGUAAGAACGAGCGUAUUGUCACGUAGGUGGAGGAACAUGUAUGCAUACACAUCGAAUCUUGAAUUUGAUUGGCGCGACGUAGUUUACCUGCCACUCCAAGUCAUGCCCGAUGGAACAAUUUUCAGGAGAAAUGUGGAUUAUUUUCUAGCAACGUUAGAAAGAUUCUUAGCAUGUCAUACGGGUUCGAAGGUUGUCUCCUUCAAGGUUCUCUGUUUCUUUCCAUGUACGUACGUUCUUCAAGUCAAUGACUGGAUCGAUUUUGCCAUCGGAAAGGGUGUGGAAGAUCUUGACCUUGCCUUUACUUGUGACAACCCACCUAAGUGCACUGGUUGGAGUGGCUUCGACUAUUUUCCUGCUCAGAUCCUUUUGAAUGACGAAGAAUCCAAAUUAUGGCGUCCUUCCUUGCGUGAUGUAAAUCUUGCUGGACAUGUUGAGCCGCACAUGUUUUCUUGUUUGAACCUUGAACAUUGAACAUUGCAAUGGUGUUUUGGAUUAGAAAGAUUGUGCAUUGGUGUUUCUCUUUAAUCUUUGAAGGCGCUGGUUGUGAUCCACUGCGAAGGGUUAAAGGGGAUUGAGCUCAAUGCCACCAGCCUUACCAGUUUUCAUUACAAGGGCAAUGAAAUCGAGUUCUCCUUCGAAAUGGUCCCCAAUCUGGAGGAAGUGUAUGUUAUGAUGCUGGAAAUUAAUGUGGUUCCGACUUACGCUUGGUUAGAGAAACAACUUCCCCAUGUCAAGACCUUAGCAGUUGUCCGAGAUUGGGCUUACAGUUACUGACCAUUCAACGAAGGCUCGGGAUUUAAAUCGGUGUCUCAUUUGGCCUCGAAUCUUCCCUUCACUGCAUCAAAUUGCUGCUGUAGAUGUCUAAUGUAAACUUCAGAUUGUGCAGCGUUCUCGUAACCCGAACUUGCAUUUUGACAUGUCUAACGUCGCGAUCCCACCUUACCAUGUCAACAACAUAAAGUGUUAUGGAGGGGGAAGAAAGCUAAAAUUAUAGUGGCACCAUGUGGUGAUGGUAGCAGCAUUUCUGGCUCUAUGGCCUGGUCCAGAAAUCUGAUUUUCGGCAUCGGCUCGGCAGGAUUUAAGGAUCCGAAAACAGCCACCCUCUUUGUUACUCAGAAAACUCAAGUGUUUUUAAACUAAUAAAAGGCAAAUUUUGAAAUAAA